CUUUGUUCUGCCGGGCGGUCUCGGAGCAGAUUCGUUAUUCGAUUCCCGAGGAAAUGGCGAAAGGUUCCCUUGUGGGGAACCUAGCCAAGGAUUUGGGGCUGAGUGUGAGAGAACUGCCCAACUGGAAGCUCCGUGUUGUCUCUGCAGAUAAAAAGCAAUACUUCAGCAUGAAUGAGGAAAGUGGCAAAGUCUAUGUGAAUGGCAGGAUAGACCGGGAGGACAUAUGCGGGACAUCUCAACUUGGCGUCAUAAAUUUCGAGACUGUGAUGGAAAGUCCCUUGAACAUUUUCCACAUAAAUGUCGCGAUCCAGGACAUUAAUGAUAAUGCCCCGCGUUUCUUAAAAGAUAAUAUCAAACUAGAGAUGAGUGAAUCUACUUCACUAGGUGCCCAUUUUCUCCUGGGAAAUGCUGAAGAUCCUGACGUUGGGGUGAAUUCUCUGCAGAGUUAUCAGCUGAGCCCCAUUCAGGAUUUCAUCCUGGAAGUCAAAGAGAGCCGGAAAGGCAAUAAAUAUGUAGAACUAGUGCUGCAGAAACCCCUGGACCGGGAAAGCCAGCGCAGCCUUCACUUGAUCCUCAUGGCUGUGGAUGGGGGAGAGCCGCAGAGAACUGGGACCGCCCAGAUAUGGAUUAAUGUCACCGACGCCAAUGACAACCCCCCCAUCUUCACUCAGGAGCUCUACAAAGUCAGCCUGAGGGAAAAUGCACUGACGGGCUCCUCGGUGCUUCAAGUUAAAGCCACCGACAACGAUGAAGGUUUGUAUGCUCAGAUCAGCUACUUCUUCAGCAACAUUCCAGAAAAGGCCGGUCAGAAAUUCCGUCUGGACCCAGAUACCGGGAAAAUUACAGUAAAGGAGCCUUUGGACUUGGAAGAGUCACGUGAUUAUCACACGGCAAUAGAAGCAAAGGAUGGAGGCGGACUAGUGACACACUGCAAAGUGGAAAUCGAGGUUCUUGAUGAGAACGAUAAUGCCCCCGAAAUGACACUCACAUCCAAGUCCAAUUCAAUCCCAGAAGACUCACUGCCUGGGACGGUAAUAGCUCUGAUGAAUGUUAAGGAUGAAGAUUCUGAAGAUAAUGGAAAGGUCUCCUGCCAUUUGCAGGAUGAUUUGCCGUUUAAGAUAAUAUCGUCUGCCAAUAAUUAUUACAAAAUUGUCACAGACAGCACCCUGGACAGAGAAAGUACCCCGGAGUACAAUAUCACAAUCACAGCCACAGACAAAGGCUCUCCCCCCUCUCCGCCGAGAAAACCAUCCUGUUGCAGAUCUCGGAUAUCAAUGACAACUCCCCUGUCUUUGAGAAACCUUCUUACACCGCCUAUGUGCCAGAGAACAAUCUUUCGGGGGCCUCUAUUUUCAGUGUAAAAGCCUCAGACCGGGAUCUGGACCGGAACGCCCGAGUCACUUACUCCAUCCUGAGCAGCAGCCUCCAGGAGCUGCCUCUCUCCUCCUACAUCUCCAUUAACUCCCAGACCGGAGCGAUCUAUGCGCAGCGCGCCUUCGACUACGAGCAA